AGUGAGAAGGACGCAGAGAGAGAGCGACAUACAACAAUCAAUGCUUAAACAUAAAAAUGCCAGUAAUAUUAGUAAAUAAACCAAACCAUAAAAGCGAAGAAACUCAGGCCCACGUUUCCGAAAAACCCAAAAAAGAAAACAAAAAUCCAGCUAUCAUAUCAUUCUCGCCGCUAACUGUGCCGCUAAGUUUGUCGCUCUCAUUGCGUCCAAAUUUAGCGCAAGAAGCUCUACACACACUGUGCUUUUUGUUUGCUUUCUACGCGUAAUUUUGUUUCAGUUUUUCGCUGUACUGCCCUUUCUUUCUUUCGUUUUUCUUCCUAAUUUGACACACCGCCAGUGCCGAGCCGGCCUCUCUAGAACUUUUUAGUUCUAUAUUUUCUUAAAAUAUAUUCGUUUUUUCGUUUGUUUGUUUAUUUUUUAUAAUAUUUUAUUCUGGGCUUGGAUUUGUUUUUGCAAAGUUUUUAUCUUUUUUUUUUUUUUUUUUUUAAGGGGGCUUCGUGAUCUCUCCGGUUCGGAGGGGAGUUUUUUUCUGUUCCCGAUUAGGGUUAGGGAGUUUUCUUAUGUAAUUUUGAUGUUAAAUUGUGGGGAUUUGAGAUGGGUGGAUUUUGGGUGAGAAAUUCAUUUCAGGCGGUUCUGUGUUUAUUCUAGCAAUUAUUUGAUUGUUUUCUUUGCGCGUGAGAGAGAGAGAGAGAAGAGACAGAGAAUGAGUUGCUUUUCUUGCCUUAGUCCUCGACGAAGUGUUGUGCGCAGGAUCGAUAUCGAGAAUGGCAAAAGAUCUAGUUCUCGGCAUUCUGCUGAUUCCUCGGGUAGUGGGAAGGGAAAGAAGGACACCCAUGAUAAUGAGAAUGGGAAAAGGAAGGGGGCUAUGAAUGAUAACAAGGGCAAUGACCCAAAAUCCAGUGGGGCGCGUAGCUUUACGUUCCGUGAACUCGCGGCGGCCACUAGAGGUUUUAGGGAGGUGAAUCUAUUAGGCGAAGGGGGUUUUGGAAGGGUUUACAAGGGCCGCCUCGAGACGGGCCAGGUUGUUGCGAUUAAACAACUUAAUCAUGAUGGCCUCCAGGGGUUUCAGGAAUUCAUUGUGGAGGUUCUCAUGUUGAGCUUGUUACACCAUUCUAAUCUUGUCACCUUGAUUGGGUAUUGCACUGAUGGAGAUCAGAGACUUUUGGUUUAUGAGUUCAUGCCAAUGGGUAGCUUGGAAGAUCAUCUCUUUGUAUUCGGAUUUCAGGCAGUGCCACUAACAGAUUUUCAACGUGAGAAAGAGCCACUUAGUUGGAAUACUCGAAUAAAGAUUGCUGUUGGUGCAGCUCGGGGCCUUGAGUAUCUCCACUGCCAAGCAAAUCCCCCUGUUAUCUACCGUGACUUAAAAUCUGCUAACAUCUUACUGGACAAUGACUUCAAUCCGAAGCUCUCAGAUUUCGGGCUUGCUAAACUGGGACCUGUCGGUGACAAUACUCAUGUUUCAACUAGAGUGAUGGGAACAUAUGGUUACUGUGCACCAGAGUAUGCCAUGAGUGGCAAAUUGACUCUUAAAUCUGAUAUCUAUAGUUUUGGUGUGGUUCUAUUGGAGUUGAUCACUGGCCGGAGGGCAAUAGACAGCAGUAAGAAGCAGGGAGAGCAGAACCUGGUUUCUUGGUCUCGUCCAUUUUUGAAGGACCGAAGGAAAUUUGUCCAAUUAGUGGAUCCUUCUUUGCAAGGAUGCUUCCCUGUUCGAUGUUUGCAUCAUGCAAUUGCUAUUACUGCGAUGUGUCUUCAGGAGCAGCCAACUUUCCGUCCUCUUAUUAGUGAUAUUGUUGUAGCGCUCGAGUACUUGGCCUCUCAGAGUUACUCCUCCGAAUUCCAUAGUAGCCGGGUCCGCAGUCCCUCACCUCAAUCACCUUCACAGCAAGGCAAUAAUGUCUUUUCUCGGGAAUCAGAUAAUAGAACAAGUACAACUUAUGUUUAAACGUUGUUGGGCAGAAGCUGCUGAAACGCUUUAAUAAACUGUGUUCUACCUUGUCAAACUCAAGAAAAGAUGUGUUGAAAUCCAUUUGCCAAUGUAAUCUAUAAUCAUAUACUGAACUGGUAUAUCUAUAUAUAUGCUUGAUGUAUAUAGCCAGGUAUUGGAGUUGUAGCUUUUUUUUUUUCUUUUUUUCUUUUUUUUAAAUCAUUAAAAAUUGUUAGGUGCUUACGUUUGGCUCAGACUAAUAAGGGGAAGGGAAAGAGUCCACUGUUGGUGCUUCACUUCGUGCCUUUGCAAUUUGAAUCAAGUUAAUCAUACGUGGGGAAGCUUUUGCUUGUAUUUGGACCUCGUAUUGUAAUAUUACGCUUAACCAAGCAUGAUCAGAAGAAGAAGAAGAAGAAGAAAAAUUGUCUCAAGACAAUAUGUGGAAUUU